AGCCUCAGACGCAGUCACGGGCCCAGGCUCUGGGACAGAGCUCUGACCAUGGCCAGGCUGGUGCUGUCCCCGGGGCCUGGCAACUGGCUGGUGGUGUUGCUGCUGCUUUUCUCAGGGGAGCCCGUGCCGGCAAUGACAGAAAAGGACAUGUACCCGAAUCCCCAAGGAAGUGCUUGUUCCCGGAUCUGGCAGCAUCCACGUUUCAUGGCCAAGAAACGGGGCUCUGUGGUGAAAAUGCAUUGCUACGUACACGACUCCAGCGUCGCCAGCAAUGUGACCUGGUUCUGGAAGCAGAAUAUGAACCAGGAGCCUCGGAAGCUGCCCCUGAAACAGGGCCCCAUCCUGCAGUCCCGCAGCGGCUCUGUCUACACCCUCACCAUCCAAGGCAUUCGGUUCGAGGACAACGGCAUCUACUUCUGCCAGCAGAAUUGCACCGCCGAGCCUGUGUUCUGGGGCUGUGGCACGGAGCUGCGAGUCAUGGGGUUCAGCACCUUGGCACAGUUGAAAAGGCGGAACACACAAGAUGGCAUCAUCAUGAUCCAGACCCUCCUCAUCAUCCUCUUCAUCAUUGUGCCCAUCUUCCUGCUGCUGGACAAGGAUGACAGCAAAGCAGGAAUGGAGGAAGAUCACACCUAUGAGGGCCUGGACAUUGACCAGACAGCCACCUACGAGGACAUAGUGACUCUGCGGACAGGGGAGGUGAAGUGGUCUGUUGGGGAGCACCCAGGCCAGGAGUGAGGAGCCGCCCCCUACUCUCCAGCAAGGUUCUCGGGUCUCAUGGAUGCUUCAGAGCUGCCGCCCAGCCCCUCCUCCUUGGAUCCCCAGACAGCCUCCAAAACUGGUCUGCCAAGCCACCUUCCGCUCCAGCCCCAGGUUGCCAUCUCCUGCCAAAGGACCUGGAGUAGGACAAGAGGGCAGUGACUUGCAGUGGGAGUCCUCAGGGCAUAGAGGGGACCCACCUUCUGGGGGGCUAUGCAUGUUUGGGACUGGAAAGCAGAGACUUGUUGGAACCGGCAAAUGGACUCAGAACAGACCCGCUUCCUGCAGAACCUGGGAAGAGCCAUGGCCUCCCAUGGCCCCGAAGGGCGGGUGAGAACUUUGUUCCUCUCUCUCAUCCUCUCCCAUCCCAGGGGCACCAAGCCUGGAGCCCAUUCUCCCAUGGA